GUAGAUAACAAAAUAUCUUAUAUCAAUAUUCUAAACAAUUUGAAACACCGAGAACAAUAGCGCUGACUGCAUGUGAAUAUCGUUGUAGCAAUUUUGAUGUAACGUAUUCUGGAAUUUAUUCUAUAUGUUAAAGUCGCAAACGUAUGUCACAGUUGAAUUUAAACAAUCGAACUUGAAUUUAUAAGUCCAGUAUGCCUAAGUUACGCGAAACAAAACUGUAUCAGUAUAUUGCAACGAAAAGUGUAGAUGAAUUACGAAUAGAAUGUUACAACCACAUCAGCAGUGGGAAAGAUGUAAACGUAAAGGAUAGCGACACUGGAGAGACAUAUCUACAUUGUCUGUGUGAUCAAAUUGAACGGUUUAUGGAUGAAAAUGGAGUAUCAAUAAUCUAUAUUUUGGCCUGUAAAGGAGUAGAUCUUGACAUACAAGACAAUGUAGGAGAAACUUUCUUACACAAGAUUGUCAGGAUCCCAGGUGCAUAUCGUGCACUUAUUGCUGCGGUCAGAUGUGGUGCCGACAUGAUGGUGCUUGAUAAUCGUGACAGAACACCAGAAGAUAUCUUACGUAUAGAACAACCAGAAGGAUGGCAAGAGACGUUACACUGGUGGAAUAAAUUUAAACCAGGCCUAUACAGAGCAACAUUAGAAGAUAAUCCUGAUAGAACCUUGGUGAAAAACUUGCUGAAGUAUUGGUGCAGAGUAAACAUUGUGAAACAUGGAAAAGAUUAUAGCGUGAAAACUAGACUAAGGCAGAGGGCUAAAGACAUUGAUCUCGUCUAUCUAAUAGAGAAGUACGAGAACACUAUAGAGUUUGCUCUAGCAGCACUGUCGGGAAAAACACAAAUAUUGUCAAGCUGGAACAAACGAAUAGAAAAUAAUCCAAUCAUAAUGAAGACUAUAAACUUAAAUGUGUGUGAUUGGAGUUACCAAAGAAGCCCAGAUUCUCUGGAGGUUCCAGUGCCAUUGUUGUUCUAUAUAUGGAGAAUGAACAGAGUAGACAUGACAGAACUAUUAUUAGAGUUUGGUGUUGAUUCUGCAUUGUUAUAUUCUACUGAUCCAUCCAAGGAACAAGUCAAACCAUUAUUCUUCCAAUUAGUGUGUGGUGAACAGAAACCCAGCGAUGAAAUAAUAUAUAGAACCUUACAAAAAUCUGAUCUUUCUGCUAAAAACUAUGAUGGACAGACAUUAUUGUAUGAAGCAAUUAAACACAGAUCUUCUAGUCAUCUUGUUGAAUUUUUGUUAAAAAGAGGAAUUAAUAUCGGAGCAAGAGACAAAUAUGGACAGACUGCCAGAGACUUUGCUCUUUCUUUGAACAAAAAAGGAAGUAAAUAUGUAAAAAUAAUUGAUCAAUAUGUUGUUGAUAUGGUGAAGGACAGUAAUAUCCAAGGAGUAGAAGCUCUGAUCCUACAGGGGUAUGACCAUCUUGUGGAUGUUAUUGAUGAAAAGGAAGAAUUGGGAGUACUAAGUUUGGCAAAGACAACUGGAUCUCAAUAUCUUGUAGAAAUACUGACUAAAGUAGAAAAAUCAAAGGAGCAUGUAGAGAAAAUGUUUAGAAUAGCACACAAAGGGAGAUUAGCAGAACUACGGCCAUUACUAGGCAAGAAGUACUCAUCAGCAGUUGACAUUUGUGGAAGGAAUGUUUGCCACAUAGCUGUAGUCUAUAAAAGGAGGGAAUUCAUUAAAUGUUUCAUUGACAAUUAUACAACUUUACUCAACAAGAAAGAUAAUCUUGGUAGAACACCAUUCCAUUAUGCACAAGUAUUGUUAGAAGGGGAUGAAUUAACAGAGUACAUGUUACAGAAAGGUGCUGAUACAACUAUAAAGGAUGUGCUUGGUAGAACCCCUCUCGAUUAUAAGUGUAGUACCUGUGGACAAAGAUCUUUCUACAUGCGACAGAAAGAAGUAAAAAACUAUGCAAUGGAUGUCUAUGUAGCACAAACAAAUUUUGAAGAAAGUCUUUCUACAGCAAUAAAGAAUGGAAAACUAGAUGAAGUUACUUCCCUUGUUGGUGGCUUGAAGAGCCAAUCAAAAGACACAGAUUAUUUAUCUAGAUUUAACAUUUUCUUGUUCAAUUGCCUGGAACAUAACCAAGAAGAGAUAGCUAUAUUCCUUAUACAAGAAGGAAUGAAUACCAAUGUUUUCAAACAGUAUGAUAAAUGUAACCCUAAUGACCAACUCUGUGCAAUGUUAGAAUGUGAUCACAGUCCAAAAUAUUUCAAGGAUGUAGCAAAACAAAAGAAGUGUCAAAGAAUUCUUGAUUUUCUGGAUGAAAUAUUUAAAGACUUGGAAAAAGAAAUACAAGAAAAGAAAAGAGCAGAUUUUAUGGCAUUUUCUCAGUUUGGUCUAGUGUAGUGUCUUAUAGUACUUAAAUUGAACAUUAUUGAAUCAGAACUAUGUAAUACAGCUGACUUAAUUGAAAA